AUGCAAACAUACAAGUCGAUGAUCAUCGAAAAGCCAGACAAAGUCGACUGGAACCGACUUGCUUACGUCUUCUAUGCUACCGGCCCCACAAAGCUAUUACCCCUACUUGUGAACGUGCGACAAUUGAGACAGAUCAACACGAAGGCUAAAAUACACGUCAUUUGUUCGUUUGACGUCGACCAAGAAUUAGGAGACAAAAGGGAGAAUCUAGAAUUGGUGAAGAUGGUCAAGCUUCUGAGACACACGUACUCUGCGGAGCUGGAAAAAUUUGACGCCAUCAAAUCCAAAUUCCACUCUGAUUCAACGUACUGGUCAGACUCCUUCACCAAGCUCCACGCAUUCAGUUUGACACAAUACGACCGUGUAAUCUACUUGGAUUCAGACUCCAUCAUCCGUAAGCGGAUGGAUCAGUUGUUCUUUUUACCACCAGCAUUGUUGGCAGCCCCACUAAACUAUGUCAAUCAUCCCGAGUUGCAACAACAAGAGGUGAUUUCAUUUUCCACUGGAGUGAAAAAUAAGAAUGAUUUACUACCACCAACACCAUUGGAGUAUACUAUACCAAUAAAAGAUACUUAUACUACUCUCAUUGGGAUCGAAGAGAACUUUGGUCCUGACUUUUUCUGGUCUUUAUACUCUACACUACCAUCCGUAGAGUCUGCAUUUGAUCUAUUCCCAGACUUAACCUUGGGUAGCUAUGUCAUGGUGAUUAUGCCUGAUAGAUCUGCCUAUGAAUGGAUUUGCAAAAUGGUGGAAGAAAAGAAAAUAGAGGAGUAUGAUAUGGAAAUCAUCAACAAUGUUUGGAAAAUGAGUGACCUCAUUGAUCACAAUCAGUACACUAGGACUUUAGACCCUAAUAGAACCAUUACUGGAGAAAAGGAUGAACAGGAAGAAGAUGAAGCGUUGGUUCAGAAUGAGUGGUUACGAGCUUCUUCUGUUCCUUCGUUGUUGUUGAUACCACAUGCACCAUACGCUUUGCUUUCUGGAGAAUUCAGGAAACCGUUGACAGAACAUAAUGCAUACUUGACUAUGCCACCUGAUUUUGGGUACUUGACAGAUUCGUCACCUAUGCUCAGCGUCGAGAGAUCAUACAAGAAUGGCAUUAGUUAUAAGAAUAUUGAUGAUGUUGUUGAUUUGUUUCCAGGAGUUCCAUACUGGGAUUGGGCUUGGAGGUUUGAUUUUGAAGGUAAUGCGCUGCCGAUUAAAGAGCUGAUGUCAGAUAUCGACAUUGAUAUGCUCAUGCAAGCUAACAAGAAUUCAGAAGGUAAAGAACUAGCAAAACGAAAUUUUGAUGAUAUCGAUUACGAUGAUGUCAUGACUACGGGUAUGGGUGUUGACAAAUUUGGAUGGGAUGGUAAAAAGAUCGCCGAUAACGCAAUUUAUAUUCAUUGGAGUGAUUAUCCUUUGGGCAAGCCUUGGGAAUUUCAAGAAGAAAGUGGUGGAUAUGCUGUGAACUCCAAAGAUCAAGAGGGUCCUAAUUGGUUUACAAAGAUGGCCGACGAGGCGGAUUUUAAGUGCAAAGAAGAAGCCGCCACUUUUUUUUCAUCUAUCGUUACGGAAGAACACAGUAAAGUUUCACAACUUCUUCAAAAGGAGAGGAAGUUUGCAGCGAGGGUUUGUGAAGAGAGUGUUGAGGCAUGGAAGGAGAUCUAUCGUGAGUAUUGGAGCAUCAUGAAGGAUGUUAAAGAAGAUAUUCAUUCUGUGUAA